UGCGGUGGUGGCAAGGGAUCCUUUACGGCAUACGCAAGCAGAGGACACAGAUUAAGCAGUAGUCACCGUCGUCUUUUACACCGCUACGGUGUGUCCGACCGACAACGCUUCUUACUUCCCGCCAGUAGUGAAACUUUAAACCCAGAAACAAGCAAUGCUUCUGGACACCACCACCCCGAGGAUAUAAGCGACAUUGGACACCAGAAGGCAGCGAGUACCACAGCAGAACCACAAAGAAGAACGAGCAGUCGCUGCUUUUUUUCACGAUCAGAAGGAAAGACGGCAUCCGGCCUGAGAAGAAGCUCCGAGGUCGGGGACUCUGGCCGGAACAGCGUUCACCGUUUCUGGCCUCCCCUUCCUGAGAGCUCCUUGGAGAAAAUGAAGCGGUUCAAGAGACGUCUCUCUCAAACGCUACGAGGAAGCCACACCAUCGAUGAGUCGCUGUCUGAGCUGGCCGAGCAGAUGACCAUCGAGGAGAAUGGCCUGAAGGACAGCGAGCCCAUAGUGAGGAACGGCCGCCCUCCGUCGGCGCACAGUGUCCACUCCUUCCUCCACCAAUACACGGGAUCCUUUAAAAAGCCGCCACUGCGACGGCCUCAGAGCGUCAUCGGAGGGGGCCUGGGCUCUCUCAUGGUCAUGCCCCGCAACGGUAGUCGUCUUGAUAUUGUCCAUGAGAACCUGAAGAUGGGGUCGGACGGAGAGAGUGACCAGGCAUCAGGAACGUCCUCUGAUGAGGUGCAGUCACCCACGGGUGUUUGCCUGCGGAACAGAGGGAACAGACGCAUCUCAGCAGAGGACCUCAACAAACGUUUGUCCCUGCCGGCCGACAUCCGGAUACCCGAUGGUUACCUGGAGAAAAUGCAGCUGAGCAGCCCGCCAUUCGACCAGCCGCUGAGCCGACGCUCCCGCAGAGCAUCACUGUCAGAAAUUGGAUUUGGGAAGCUGGAGACCUAUAUCAAACUGGACAAACUGGGGGAGGGCACGUACGCCACAGUCUUCAAAGGGAGGAGUAAGCUGACAGACAAGCUGGUGGCACUGAAGGAGAUCAGACUGGAGCACGAGGAGGGGGCGCCAUGUACAGCAAUCCGAGAAGUGUCAUUACUGAAGGAUCUAAAACACGCUAACAUCGUGACACUGCACGAUAUCAUCCACACGGACAAGUCGCUUACACUGGUCUUUGAGUACCUGGACAAAGACUUGAAGCAGUAUAUGGACGACUGUGGGAACAUCCUGAGCAUGCAGAAUGUCAAGAUCUUUCUGUUCCAGAUCCUGCGAGGUUUGGCGUAUUGUCACAGACGGAAAGUUCUUCACAGAGACCUGAAACCCCAGAAUCUGCUCAUCAAUGACAGAGGAGAACUCAAACUGGCUGACUUUGGCCUAGCGAGGGCCAAGUCCGUGCCCACUAAAACAUAUUCUAAUGAGGUGGUAACACUUUGGUAUCGGCCUCCCGACGUGCUGCUCGGUUCCUCGGAGUACUCCACACAGAUAGACAUGUGGGGUGUGGGCUGUAUAUUCUACGAGAUGGCCGCCGGCAGGCCCCUGUUCCCAGGCUCCACAGUGGAGGAUGAACUGCACCUCAUCUUCAGGCUGCUAGGCACUCCCACUGAGGACAGCUGGCCUGGUAUAUCCUCCAUCGACGAGUUCAAGUCUUAUAAGUUCUCCAUAUACAAGGCUCAGCCACUCAUUAACCAUGCACCCAGAUUGGACACCGAUGGCAUCGACCUGUUGAUGUCAUUCCUAAAAUACGAGUCGAAGAAGAGGAUCUCAGCUGAUGAAGCAAUGAAACAGCCGUACUUCAGGAGCCUGGGGCCACGUGUGCACACACUGCCAGAGAACAUGUCCAUAUUCACACUGAAAGAGGUGCAGCUGCAGAAAGAUCCCAGCUACCGGAACUCAUCGUACCCUGAGUCAGGCAACGGCAAGAGCAGAAGACAAAGCAUGCUGUUUUAGAAUCUCUGGACUGUAUGUUUUUAUUUGGGAAGGAUCUCCUAGCUGUGCAGUCUCACCGAUGGAUCAGUAACCUGAGAUGGAUGUUGGCGUGGAGCAUCAUCACUCCCCCAAAGCUGCUUGGGAAACUUAUUCACAGUGCGACCCCUCCCAGGUUUUGGCCUGAACCUGCCCAAGAGAGACAUUUAUAUACUGUACAUCUAUAUUUAUUGAGAAAAGAAUUUGCUGCUAAGUCCAACUACUGUCUAGAAUUCUAACUGACUCAGUCACUUUAAUGAGUACAUGCAAUGUGUAUGUGUAGACUUUUUUUUUUUUCUCUUUGAAGUGAUGGUGUUUUUAGAUUUUUUUGGUGAAUAUUUCCAUUUUCCUAUCUAAACUCCACCUCAAAGCUCCUCAGUGUGAGUAGUGCGUAAGGCAGACGGACAGGGGUGAUUCUGUAGCAGCUGAGAAGGGGUUGACUUUCUCUCUCUGCUGCCUCGGUGCUGUUCUCAGCUGCACAGAUUAUUUGAGACCAUUUAGUUUGAAAGUUUGAGGCCAGUUUUUGAUACAGCUGGUAAUUUGUCCUAACUGGAGAUUAGAGUGAGAGCUGUGUCCAAAAAGAUCACAUUCUUGUCAGAUGCAUAUCAUUCCAGGAUGGUGUGGUCUCUGUCAUGACCAAUGAACAAAUGCAGGAGGGAAUAGGCAGUGUAGAAUUAUUAAGGGCAUUACAGGAUUAAUUACGCCUGCUGUAUUCUAAGAUUAAAAAUAUUUAACUGCAGUUAAUAACUUGAUCAGACACAUUAUCUCCUCUGGUCUAUUACAAAGAGGAGUCUGCAGUUCUCCCUUUGUAUAUUACAGAAGUUUUCUUCUUCCUGCCAUUCCCAUCGCCAUCACCUGUAAAAAAAGGAUUUUUUUUAUUUUUGGAUUGCCUCCAUCAUUGUGUUGCAUGCCUGCUCUGUUGUAUGAGGAAGUGCACAGCCACUGAACUCCUAACCCAGGGAGCACUAGCUCUAGUCCUGCCCUUAGUGAAUACUGUACUGAGUCACAGUCUAUUUAACAGUGUUACAAGAGAUGUUUUGUAUGAUAUUCUUUAUUUGUGGAUAAUUGUUAUUGGUGUGGGAUUUUGCAGAUGCCCUCCCAUUUGAGCUUUUUUUUUUUUUCCAGAGUAAAACUAAAGUUUAAACAAAUUACAUGAGCUGGUUUGGAUUUGUUUUUCCUGAUGUGCAGACACCUUAAGGGCAACACGCACAGGCGGCAUAACGAGUGUCAAAACACCCACUCCCAUUGUCAAUGCAAGGCCACACACUAGCGACAAACUGCCUAUUUGUCUGGUAUCGACAUGAGUCAAAAGCAUAAAAUAAAAGUACUCGCCCAUUUUGGUAGUCCCAUACUGAACUUGGGUCGCUGUUACUGUGCGUUACCGCCCCCGUGUGUGUGUGUUGCCCUUUACAUUUGUCACAUUCUGUUUUAGUUAUUCUAACUUCAAGGCACUUAUGUUCAAGCAUUCAGUGCUUUGUUUAUUGAAAAUGACAACAUUCUUCACAAUACAAAAAAUAUACAGAAUACAUACAGUAUACCAAGUCCAGUAUAAAAAAAAGAACAUUACAAGCAUUACAAAGGUAUUUCAUUGAUUUUGAGCUCUUGUCUUCAUUAAUAGAUUCUGAAAUAAAGAGUAAAAAUAGGACAAGGCACAGUCGCUAUCAUCUGAAAAGCAUAGUGCUUACAUAACAUAAUACCACAUAAGUGAAACCAUCAGUUUCACAUUGUGAUGACAUUUAAGGAUUUUUUCCCCCCCCCACAAGAUUAAAAACAACUGAGCUCUGUAUGCAGAAUGAGAAGCUGGCUAGUCUUCUGCAGCUAGCUACACAUCACUACUGUCCAUCUUGGACAUGGUCAUUUGGAAACAUGCUGGACUUGAUCACAAAGAGCCAGACGUCUCACAGACGUCUCAGCGUAUGGCUUUUACCAAGUGCUUUCAACUACUGGCAUUUGAAGCAACUCAAGUGCAAAAAGAUGAGGUCACAUACUGUCUCAGUGGACAUUUCUAAAGCAAUUUUUGAAUAGACAAGAGACCGCUGCUGCUGCUGCUGCUGAUGAUGAUGAUAAAAUGAAAAACUUUC